AUGCCUCGUCAGGGCGAAUCACAACGUCUUCAGAUCCUCCAGUGGAAUGCUGGAGGAAUGUCUCCGGACAAAAAUAUCCAAAUACAGAAAAUCCUACAAACCAAUGAUAUGGACAUUUUCACAAUUGUGGAAGCUAACAUUUCGGAUGACAAACUGAAGUAUUACCAAUUCUCAGGUUACACCCUGUACAACCUACCUAAAUACCGGCAAGUUGCAAGUGGAAUUCUAACUGGAGUAAAAGAUGGCCUCACCUCACACUACACUCUAAUCAAGAGUAUGGGCUCAACACAAGACAAAUUCCAAGCUUUGACUUUCUGGACAUCUCACAAAAAAACUAUAGUAGUAGGAGACUUCAACGUCCACUCCACAAGAUGGGGCUACACGGAUACAAACAUAGCUGGAAAGGAAAUUGAAGACAUGCUAAACAGCAACACUCUGGAACUUAUUUAUAGCAAUGAGGAUCCGGCUACAUAUUUGCACUACAAUGGAUCCAGAACAACUCCUGACUUACUCCUGGUUUCAAGCGACAUCAGUGAGGAUACGCGCCGCAAAAUAAUUGACGAUCCUGGUUCUGGUCACAAACCAGUCAUUGCUAGUAUUACCAUCGGCAGCAAAAGCAUGUCAAGGAAAGUGCCAACUAAGCUAUCAUGGAACUUCAAGAAGGCUGACUGGCCUAGAUUCACAAACCUUUUAGAGGAUGAACUCCAUUCAAGUCCCCUCAACUUCAACCAACAUCCUGACAAACUUUGCACUGCUAUCACGAAUAUUAUGAUCAGAUGUACAAAGAAAACUAUUCCUCGAGGCAAGACUAAACACUAUCGAGUGUUUUGGUCUAAACACCUUGAGGAACUGAAAAGAAAGCGGGAGGCCCUUCGCAACACUGCUGAUCAGAUUGGAAGAACGGAAUAUGUAAAAACCUGGAGACGACAAACAGCUAGAGAAUUCCAGACCUCAAGGUUCAACGAACUCAAAGCUCGAACAAAGAGAAUUCAAGACCUCAAGGUGCAACGAACUCAAAGCUCAAACAAGGGAGAAAUAGUGGACAGUGGCACUCUCCGAAAUAGCCGACUGGCUAAGAAUCGAACACUCUCCGACAUAGCCGACUGGAAGAGAAUUCAAGACCUCAAGGUGCAACGAACUCAAAGCUCGAACAAGGGAGAAAUAGUGGACAGUGGCACUCUCCGAAAUAGCCGACUGGCUAAGAAUCGAAGCCGUUGCUGA